UUAUAAGCCAAUAUUGAGAAAAAAAUUCCUGGGACCAUUUAUGUUUAUUUUGUCAGAACACCGUGAAAGGAUUAUGUGAUGCGAUAAAGACAGAAUGUGAAAAGUUACGCAAAGAGGGAAAUAUAAGAUGGAAGAAGCUGUCUUUGGAGUUGAUGAAAUAUACCGGGAACAGUUCCCAAAUAGUAGAAAUUUCUUCAAAAGAAGAGCAAACCGAAUAUGAUUAUAUUAUCAGAUAUGUCUCUCGCGUCUAUAUAAUGUUAAUUAAAGAUAAACCACUUUUGAAAUGUUACUGGGGUGAAAAGACCUUGCGUUGUUCUGCUAUUCUACUCAACCGUUCACUAAAAGAUGAUAAUAGACGGUGUUCUGGGAAUAAAAUCGAUGCAAUAAUGUCAAUUUUGGAUAUUGGUUUAGAGUUCUCGACCUUGGAAGUCUCAGGAAGUCCAUCAAAACCUGAUCAUAUCCAUUACGUGGGGGAUCGAAAUAAAACAGCAAAGAUGCUUAAAAUUAUCUUGAAUUAUGUAUACAUCAAAUACUCAGGCGACUUCGAAAAAUUUAGGAGGAUAAAGUGUACGGUGUACAAAUAUAUGAUCACAACUUAUAUGUAUAUAGUAUGUGCUGCCAUUUGCUGGAAUUUACUAUUUCAAACUCGAGAUGAUGUUCUCCUAUCCAACAAUUGCAUUCUUACUUUUCAAAGAGUUGCCAAUUUUUGCUUCAAACUUAUGGAUGUUGCGGGACUUGAUUACUUCAAGUUUUAAUAGUAUAUUGACGUAUAUUACAAGUGAUCCUUUGCAAAUUGAUAAUGAUAAUACCAUGAUUGCAAAUG